AUGCGCUGGCUCGUGCUGGCCCUCGUCCUCCUCCCAGCCGCCCAAGCACAAUUCUUCGAUUUUGGCGGCUCAAACGUCAAUGACGAUUCGGCCUAUGCCGACCAGUUCGGAUUCAAGGAAUCUAUUGCUGGAUGGUCGGAUGUGCUGAGGAAAAUGGCGCACAAGCAGCUAUUUGGAGCGCCCACGCCUCCGCCAGAGCUCUUCCAAAAAGUUGCCCCGCCAGCUGAUGUUGACAAAAUUGACCCGAGGAGUAUUCAGAGUAAGAAGAAGGAUAUUAUUAAUCCAAAGCUGUUGGAUUUGAUCUUGCCGAGGUAUAAGGGCGAAGCGCCGGUUUUGCUGAAAACGGUUACGACAGAAGCGCCUACUAGUACUACUGAAAAGCCAAAGACUCUGAAACCAUCUAAGAAACCGACGACAACUGAAGCACCAGAAGAUGACGAGGAGGAUUCCGAUGAGGACGACGAGGAUUCUGAGGAAAAUCUGACUGAUGAUGAGGCCGAAGAAGAAAAGAUUGAGGAAACUGAAAAACCAACAACCGAAGCCACCACCACAACGGUCAAGCCCACAACUGAGACCAUCACUACAACAUCUGUGACCGCGACAACGGAAGCUGCUAAAGAACUGGUGGAGAUUUCUAAUAAGAUUCUUGAUUCCGUACAAACCACUGUUGCCGCAACAGAACCUACACCAACUAAGAAAACUGAGUCAUCCACUACGGCCAAGCCCACAACAACCAAGAAACCCAAGUCAACUGCGAAGACAACCAAAAAGCCGGCGUCGAAAGGACCGGUGAUCGAUAGCCAGUUAGAAGCUAAGAUGAAGGAAAUGAUGCGGGAUAUCUUUGAAAAGGAGUUUAAGAAGAAGAUGGAGAAUUCGUCGAAGGAUUUGAAGAAGGAGCUCGAAAAGCAGAAGGAAUCGUUGCUCAAGUCUGCAACGGAAAGAAUGAGCGAUUUGUCUGGAAAUGUGUUGAUUGCUGACCUGGCUAGCAAAUGGACCGAUCGCAAUGGCUCGACAACUAAAAAGCCCGAGGUAAAGAGCACCACCGAGGAGUCAAAAACUACAUCUGGUAAUAGCACUGAAACCACUAAAUCCGUCACUUCUACUACGGUAAGCUCAUCAACCACCGCAAAAGCUACAACUGAGAAACCAAAGGCACAUGAUGAAUCAAGCACUAAGGAGGGCAAGAGCACAUCGCCUAGCACUACCAAAACCCCCACAACCACAAAGGCACAAGACGUGGAGAAUAAGGAUGCGACCACCAAAUCUGCACCGAAGACAACAACCUCCAAGCCGAAAACGACGAAGAAAGUUGAGAAACGUUCUGAAGACAAAGCUAGCACUACUGGCAAACCGGCCACUGUGAAAACCGAAACAACGGAGACCACCAAAAAACCUGAAAGCCAUGAUAAACCCCCCACUACCACCAAGGAAGAGGACGAUGAGCCUGAGGAUGAAGAUGAAGAAACUGGUGCUGAGGACUCAGAGGAGGAUGAGUCUGAGGAAGAGCCAAAGCCUAAGAAGGCCAAGAAGGCUAAGAAGACAGCCGGAGGACAUAAGAAAUAUGAUGAAGACAAGGAAUUUGAGGCAGAAGCCCGUCGGCUCAAGGAGACACCAUUUGACAAGAGUGCCUUGAAAGUUGUGAAGGCCGUCGACUUGAUUUCUGGGGAGAUGGCUGAGGAUCGUCCAAAGCCUAAAGGAAAGAAGGUAGAGCCAGAAGCUGAGGAAGAAGAGGAGGAAGAAGAAGAGAAGGACGAGAAGACAGAUGAAAGGACAGAAGACAAUGAAGAUGCAGCCGAUGAGAUUGGAUCUGAAGGAUCGGAAGAAAGCAAACCUUCUGAGACAGCUGAAGCAUCGGAAGAGGAGAUUGAAGGCAGCGCAGAGGACGUGCACGAGAAAAAUGAUGAUAAGAGCGCUAUCGCAAUGGCUGAAGCCGAAGAGAUGGACACGACAUUGACCGGAAACGAUCAUGAGGAGGAGAAGGGCUCAGGCAUCCCAGAAGCUGAAGAGGCCGACCCCAAUCCAGUCGAGGACAAGACUUAUGAGGCAGCCCACGAUGCUGUGACAGAAGCUUCCACGACCACAACCACUACCACUCCGAAAUCAACCCAGACCGGACAAAACAUCUUCAACCUACAGGCAAACUCCAAUUCCGAAGCCAAUCCGAACAUUGCUAACGUGAUCACCCCGGUUGCGGGAAUCAUUGAUGGCAUUGCUCCAAUCAUCUUCCCGUUCCUUCAAAGCCGCGGCUUUGCAGCUCGGGCUGCCGCUCAUGGAUCACCAAACUAUCAGCCUGAGGGAAAUCGAGACCUCCUCGAAGACGCAGCUCCCGAGACAUCGCUAGUCGGACUUGGAAGCCAAUUGGCUCGAGAAAUUCUGGUCCCUGGAUCUCUACAACGAGACCGCGAGGAGAUGCAGCGUGCUAUCCAGGCAAGAACCGCUGAAGCAAAGGAACGUUUGAAUGAAAAAGAACGGCUCCGUCUGGAAGAAACGGCCAAGCAGGAAGAGAUUAGACGUGAACUGAUGGAUGAGGAGCGAAAGCUGAGCCUCGCAUUCGGCAACAACCCACAGGCCAGAGAAGUUGACCCUAAUCCAAAUGUACAAGAGGCAUUCGGUCAAGUCUCGGGAGCUUUCAAGCAAGAUUUCGGACCUGCUGAGCUCCCACAAAUCAUCACCGGAGGUCCCGAUGGCAUUCCCAUUCCUCCUCCACCACCACCCGGCUACCGGCCAAAGGGCUACGAUGGCCCCCUCCCUCCGGCCGAUUUCCAGCCAACGGCCGUCGAAGAACGCGCUCAACCGGAAAGGCCGCAACCGCGCUCAUUCAAGCAAGAGCUGCAAAACUUCGAGCAGCAAAUGAAGAAUAACCAGGCUCAGCGAAGCCUUAUGACUUUGAAUUCCGGGGCUCCACCCCCAGGAGCUGAUUUUGGAGGGGCCAGCAGCUUCGAUGUCAAGAACCAAGCAGCCCCAAAAAUCAGCCCAGUUAAACCACAGAAAAAGCAAGCAUUCCACCCGAAACAAUCUGGCGUCCUCAGCUUCGGAGGUGGCAAGGGCCCAACAAUGUCAUUCGAUGAGGUCGAAAAGCAGACGAACAAGCAGGAAGUGAACUUCUUCGGC